CAAUAAUAUCAUACUUUUUUAACACGUAUAUUUUUGCAAAACUGACCUACAGUAAGCCGACGAAAAGUACCUACAUACUUAAUUAUAUUUUAUUAGGAUCAAUGCAAAAAUUUGGAAAGUUUCUUUAUUUCAAUUAUAAGUUUAGUUACCUAUACUUUUUUGCUGAGCUUAAUUAAAUCAUUAAAAAUGCAAACACCAUUAGUAAACUUAAUAAAACUAACAAAUUAUCGAAAAUUUAUUAAAUGUAAAAUGUGAGCGCAGGUCAUGAACAUUGCUUUUAAACAAAAUUAUAAUUAUGUACAUGCAUCUGUACAUUUAUAUUUUUAUAUAUAGAUAUAUUAAAUAUGAAAUUAAUUUUUUGCCUUAUACCAGGCAUAUUUCUAAACAACGAUUGGACAGCAUUCAUAUAUUUCAAUAAAAAAGAGAAUUUAAAGAAAUAAAAUCAGAUUGCGAAAAACAACUGCCAAUAAAGCAUUAACUUUUUCAAGCACCUACAUUGUGUAAAAACAAAUUUUGGAUAAAUUGUUAGGAGCCAAGCUCUGACCCCUUUACCUGAUGUUAAAAAAUAUAUUGAGAGGACCAUUUUAAGAAGGAAUCUUUAUUUCAAAAAAAAGUUAAAAAUUCGAUCAAAAAUAUAUGAAAGUCGCAUGAACAAAACUUACUAAACAAAAUUUAUUUGCGAAUAUCGAUCACAAAUCUGUUAUAAUUCUGUGUUAUUACCAACUUAAGAGAUUUAUUUUAAAUAUUUGAAAAAUUAUUUUAAAUAAGGAACAUUAUUUUAAUACCAUAACAAGCCAAAAACAAGAUAUUAAAUUUAAUUUUAAAAAUUUGCUAAAAUUUUUAAAAUUAUUAAUUGGAAAAAAAACAUAUUGAUUUUUAAAACAAAAGAAUGGAUGUUAAUGGAUUAUCUAUUGGAAACAUUCCAAAUACUGAUACCCCACCUCCAGGCUACAUGUCGGAAGAUGGAGAUCCAAUUGAUCAAAAUGAUAAUCUUAAUUCAUCCAGAUUAACACCUAGUCCACAGUCUGAUGCUCAACCAGUUUUAUAUCGCGAACCGGCAUUUUGGUGUUCAAUAAGUUAUUAUGAACUCAAUAUAAGAGUUGGAGAAACAUUCCAUGCUUCACAACCUUCAAUUACAGUAGAUGGUUUUACAGAUCCAUCAAAUUCCGAAAGAUUUUGUUUGGGACUUUUGUCAAACGUUAAUCGAAAUGAAGUUGUUGAACAAACUCGACGCCAUAUUGGUAAAGGAGUACGUUUAUAUUACAUAGGUGGUGAAGUUUUUGCGGAAUGUUUAAGUGAUUCUAGUAUAUUUGUUCAAAGUCCAAAUUGUAACCAAAGAUAUGGAUGGCACCCAGCGACUGUUUGUAAGAUACCACCUGGAUGUAAUUUGAAGAUAUUCAAUAAUCAGGAAUUUGCGGCGUUAUUAUCGCAAUCCGUAUCUCAAGGAUUUGAAGCAGUAUAUCAAUUAACACGUAUGUGUACGAUAAGAAUGUCAUUUGUUAAAGGAUGGGGAGCUGAAUAUAGAAGACAAACAGUUACAUCAACACCCUGUUGGAUAGAAUUGCAUUUAAAUGGUCCAUUGCAAUGGUUGGAUCGAGUCUUAACUCAAAUGGGAUCUCCACGACUUCCAUGCAGCUCUAUGUCAUAAACUUAUAUUUAAAAUAACAUAAAAAAUGUUUUAUGUAAUAACUUUUUGUUUUGAUUUUAAUUUUUAUUGUAUUUCACAAUACAAAAAACAAGAAUUGAUGAUUAGGAUUAUUGUAAUUAAGGAAAAGAAAAUAAUAUAUUCUUUUUGAAAAAGAGGAUAAUUAUGAGAUAAAGAAGUAGAAAUUAUAUAUAUUAUAAC